AUGGACCAGUUUGCCGCUAUCGAUCGGGAAUCUGCAAAGCACCUGGUUGUUGCUGGACUACGAGGAUUAGCUCACUGUUCUCUUCCAGGAGUUCGAUGGAAAAUUUUUGGCAACGAGAACCAAGAGUCUUCUCUGAUGGUGACUGGAGGCGUGUUGCUUUGGGGAGGCACAGUCGGCGCAGCUUGCUACGAUUUGGAAGCCUGUCGUGAACAACUGCGAUUUUAUCCUAUCAACAAGAAACUGGACAAUCGUUUUGCUUCCAUAUUUGAGAUGGAAUGUCGUGUCAUCAUGAUGUCGCUAAGGUGA